AUGAACAUCUUAGAAGAUUCUCCCCUAGAAGCUCUAGCUUUCAACUACUUGAGCUUCGAUUUCUUUAACAAUCUAUGGACAUGGCUCGCCGUCAUCUUCUGGAGGAUCCGAACUCCCAACCCCGAAUUACUACCUCCUUCUAUCCAUGACAGUCCAUCCGACAAGCCCGACGCGGUUCCGGAGUUGUUGGUGGAGCCUUGUCAUGAUAAUGAUAAUGUUCCGGUUCGUGUUCACAGUAACGGCGUGGUUAACGACGUUGACGGAGUGACGAAGGGAAAGAUGAAGUUUACCUCGUACUACUACGAGGAUGAUGUUGAUGUGGUUAACAGAAAAUGCAACGAGACGUUAACAUUAACGGCGGAGUUAUGGGAAGACAGAGAAGAAAGAUUGGAGUGGUGGGAGAAGUUGUUGAAGACGAGAACGGGAGAGAACGAGAAUGGAUGGUAUACAUGUCAGGAUUUAACGGCGCUUAACGGUAACGUUGUUAGGUUUUGGGAAGAAAGUAGUAGCAGCUUCAGAUAUGUUUCUCUAUGGUAG